AUGGAGAAGGAGGAUGAACCGCGUUGGAAAACUCCGGAGGUCAAUGAUGGUAGAAUCCUUGUAGCUCGCCGCAACCUUCGGAUCCAUCAGAGAAAUCACAGCUGGGGAAGUGAGCAAUACCUGCAGAAGGCCAGCAGUAACAAAGGAUUUGAUUUUAGUCAGCUCGACUUGGACCAGCUUGACGAUGAAACUGAAGGAGAUCAGCCUCGUGAUGCUAAGACAAGCAUCGGAGGAUCGAGCGAGGAGGAGGAGGAGAGGCCGCCUUCAAGAAGAUGGGAGCCUUCUUCUUCGCUGCACUGCAUCUGCAUGGUCUCAGACUUCUUCUACCCUGACGCGGGAGGAGUUGAGAACCACAUGUACAUGCUCAGCCAGUGCCUCCUUCAGCUCGGCCACAAAGUGAUAGUUGUGACACGAGCCAGAGGUAACAGGCAGGGGGUCAGGUGGCUCACCAACGGGCUAAAGGUCUACUAUCUGCCUCUCAUGCCCAUGCCCGACGUCUUCUCCUCUGGACGAGUGACCUUGCCGACACUGUUCAGCUCGUGGCCCAUCUUUCGCUUCAUCUGCAUACGAGAGCGAGUGACCAUCGUCCAUGGACACCAGGCGUUCAGCAUCAUCUGCCAUGAGAGUUUGAUGCAUGCAGGAACAAUGGGGCUAAAAGUGAUCUUCACUGAUCAUUCUCUCUUCGGCUUCUCUGACCCUUCAGCUAUUCACAUGAACAAGGUCCUCAACUUCACUUUAUCUUGCAUCAACCACGUUAUCUGCGUGUCGCACACAAGCAAGGAAAACACAGUUCUGCGAGCUAGCAUCGAGCCAUCGCACGUUUCCGUCAUCCCAAAUGCGGUAGACACAUCAGUGUUCACUCCGAACCCCACGGCGAGGAAGAGCAACUGCAUUACCAUCGUUUGCAUAACACGGCUGGUCUACCGCAAAGGAGUCGACCUGAUGGUGGAGAUAAUUCCUUCCAUCUGCCAGCAGUUCGAGCAUGUCAACUUUGUCAUCGGUGGCGACGGGCCGAUGAGGGUGGCGCUAGAACAAAUGCGGGAGAACCAUCAGCUACAGGACCGGGUAGAAAUGCUGGGACACGUGCGGCACACCGACGUGCGGAAUGUGCUUGUGCGAGGACACAUUUACCUCAACUGCUCGCUGACUGAAGCAUUCUGCAUCGCAAUCCUUGAAGCUGCCAGCUGCGGGCUGCUGGUUGUGAGCACGAGAGUGGGAGGAGUGCCAGAAGUAAUGCCCUCACACAUGAUCAAGUAUGCUUCACCUGACGCAAACUCCCUCAUCGAGGUAAUGCAGCAGAUAAUCGAUGUGAAGGAGGUUGUGCCAUCCGAGUUUCACGCCAACAUCAAGAAGAUGUAUUCGUGGCAUGAUGUAGCCAAAAGGACUUGUAAAGUCUACGACCGGGUGGUGCAAGACAAGCCGAAGCCAUUGCUGGAGAGGCUCAAGAGGUGCCAUUCCCGAGGUCCAUUUUUCGGCAUCUUGAUUGCUUUUCUCGUUGCUGUUGAUUUCAUAGUUUGGCAAAUUAUUUGUUGGAUAUACCCUGAGGAAGAUAUUGAGAUCGCUGUGGACUACCCCUAUCAUCACAACGUGUCGUCCCUUUUCUUGGUUUCGUCUGCCUGA